AAAAAAAAAAAGACAAAAAUAAUAAUAUGGGAGGGAGGUGGUAAUAGGUGCAUUUUAGAAAGAGCCCUCUGGGGCAACGGUGGAAGACCGACAGGGUGGGGCAUGAGUUUGGAGGUCUGAGACCCACUGCGCUGGCCAGGAUUCGGGUGCAAGAGGCUGGAGGUGUGGCUCAGGGUUUUGGAAGGCAGGGGACGGAAAAAAGCCAAACAGAAAGUGCGUAGGGACUUGGGGAAAUAAACUGAGGCCAGUUUCGCCUAUACUGAGUCUGGAGGCCUUGGGGAUGCCCGUUGUUGGCUGGACAGUCAGGGUGGGGCCCCAAAGGGUGCCUAGGCUGGACAAUAAUAACAACAACAAUAGUUCACAUGUACCCAGCUCUUGCGCUAUGUCAAGUCUUUUUCCUGAGAACAUUCCCGAGCACCCUGGAGAGCCUCCCCGGCACCCCUACUGUCCAGUUCCCACUUCCCGACUGCGGUCUGGGCAAAGCCACCCGCAUUUGAGCCCAUCCCACGGCGUCCCGGAGCUUUAGGACGUCCCAGCCCUGCCAGGGACUGAGGGAAAUCCCAGUGCCUGGGCUCAGGGACCAAGGUCCCAGGACAGGGUCGGGGAUGAAGUUCCCGAAACAGGUAAGGGACAAAGGCCGGGGCUGCACUGAUUCGGCGCGCAACUAGCCAGGCCCCGCCUCCUGUUCCGCCCAAGGGUAUGGAGGGCCGGACUCGGCCGGCCUUAUACCCGGAGCUGAUUGGCUGGUGAGUCCAGUCCCUGCCUCUGAAGGUUUGCGCUCAGAACUAAGUGUUUCUAGUGAUUGGUUUACAUGGACGUUUGCCCAUUGGUCAAAUCCGAGUUGGUGUAAUCAGAUAGGUAAUACGGCUUGGUUGGUGCGGGAAUCCAGUAGCUUGCUAUCGAUUGGUUGAGGGUGAAAUAAAUGGGACUCUUAUCAUUGGCUGGCGGGCUCCGCUACGGUCCAAUCAUGGAAUCAGCCGAGGGCCGACCGGGAGGGUGGGAGUUAAUUCUUUAGCUACUGAGCCCGGCUUGGGCGCUUUGGCUCCACCUGUGUCUGCGCGAGGCUGUUCCCUAUUGGAGUCCGCAUUGUUCCCCCGGACCUCAGUUUCUCCCCUGGUCCCAAAGGCCGAGGCCUCUGAGUUCCUCAAGUACGGUGACCGCAGGUCUCAGCUUCUCCUCUCCUUGCAGCAGGCUGAGCCACUCGUGCACCUGCCCCAGGCUUUCACCUUGCAAUCUCUAUCCCUGGACAGCGAGGCCUCAGUUUUCCCAUUCGCACCAAUUAGCUCCCGGUCACCACCCCGUCCCCAUGGAGCGGUGCUACAGGCCUCAGUUUCCUGAGUGUUCCCAGAGGGCUGAGUUCCCGAUCUCUCUCCCGCGUGGGCAUCCCCUAGGCCUCAGCUUCCCCGCCCACCCCAGCGCGCCGAGCCCUUCCCCCGACCCCAGCGACGGCCAAUGGUUGGGGCGCCCCUCCCCUCCCCGGGGCGGGGCCGCGUCACGUGCCGGGAAGCCGGAGUCUGGGGCUCCGCGCUCGGGGAGGCGCGGCCAUGGCAGCUCCGGAGCCGCUGUCCCCGGCGGGCGGCGCGGGCGAGGAGGCGCCGGAGGAGGACGAGGACGAAGCGGAGGCCGAGGACCCCGAGCGGCCGAAUGCGGGAGCGGGCGGCGGACGCAGUGGCGGCGGCGGCAGUAGCGUCAGCGGAGGCGGCGGCGUCGGGGCCGGCGCGGGGGGUUGCGGCGGGCCGGGGGGCGCGCUCACCAGGCGCGCGGUCACGCUGCGGGUGCUCCUCAAAGACGCGCUGCUGGAGCCCGGCGUCGGGGUGCUGUCCAUCUACUACCUGGGAAAGAAGUUCCUGGGCGACCUGCAGCCAGACGGAAGGAUCAUGUGGCAGGAGACCGGGCAGAUCUUCAACUCACCCAGCGCCUGGGCCACCCAUUGCAAGAAGCUGGUGAACCCUGCCAAGAAGUCAGGCUGUGGCUGGGCCUCUGUCAAGUACAAAGGCCAGAAAUUGGACAAGUACAAGGCCACCUGGCUCCGGCUGCACCAGCUGCACACGCCUGCCACCGCUGCUGAUGAGAGCCCGGCCAGUGAAGGGGAGGAGGAGGAGUUGCUGAUAGAAGAGGAGGAGGACGACGUUCUGGCGGGGGUCUCAGCAGAAGACAAGAGUCGGAGACCACUGGGGAAGAGCCCUUCAGAGCCUGCCCACCUGGAGGCCACAACCCCAGGGAAGCGGGUGGACAGCAAGAUCCGGGUCCCGGUCCGCUACUGCAUGCUGGGCAGCCGCGACUCGGCCAGGAACCCCCACACCCUGGUGGAAGUAACAUCCUUUGCAGCCAUCAACAAGUUCCAGCCGUUCAACGUGGCUGUUUCCAGCAACGUGCUGUUCCUGCUGGACUUCCACAGCCACCUGACGCGGAGUGAGGUCGUGGGUUACCUGGGGGGCCGCUGGGACAUCAACAGCCAGAUGCUGACGGUGCUCAGAGCCUUCCCUUGUCGGAGCCGGCUUGGGGACGCAGAGACUGCAGCUGCCAUCGAAGAGGAGAUCUACCAGAGCCUGUUCCUGCGGGGCCUGUCCCUGGUGGGCUGGUACCACAGCCACCCGCACAGCCCGGCGCUGCCAUCUCUGCAGGACAUCGACGCACAGAUGGACUACCAGCUGCGGCUACAGGGCUCCAGCAAUGGCUUCCAGCCCUGCCUCGCCCUGCUUUGCUCCCCUUACUAUUCUGGCAACCCAGGCCCCGAGUCCAAGAUCUCGCCUUUCUGGGUGAUGCCUCCUCCAGAGCAAAGGCCCAGUGACUAUGGCAUCCCCAUGGAUGUGGAGAUGGCCUACGUCCAGGACAGCUUCCUGACCAAUGACAUCCUUCACGAGAUGAUGCUGCUGGUGGAGUUCUACAAGGGUUCCCCUGACCUCGUGAGGCUCCAGGAAGCCUGGAGCCAGGAGCACACCUACCUCGACAAGCUUAAGAUCUCUUUGGCCAGCAGGAUGCCCAAGGACCAGAGCCUGUGUCAUGUCCUGGAACAGGUGUGCGGCGUCCUCAAGCAGGGGAGCUGAGCCUUCCGCGGCAGGGUGGGCUCCAGUUGUAUUGAGGGUCCGGAUGGGCUCAGGUAAUAAAGAAAUGGAAGCAGCAGCCA